GCCGUCGUUUGCCGCCAGCUGGGCUGCGGAGGGGCGCUGGAGGCGGUUGGCUCCGCUCGCUUCGGGGAAGGCUCCGCUCAGAUCUGGCUGGAGAGCGUGAACUGCUCCGGGGCCGAAGCUGCUCUCUGGGACUGCCCGGCAGGGUCCUGGGGGCAGCACGGCUGCGGGCACAAAGAGGACGCAGGAGUCGUCUGCUCAGAGUUCAUGGCCCUGAGGCUGGAGAACGGCACCAACUGCUCCGGGCGCCUGCAGGUUUUCUACAAUGGGACGUGGGGGAGCGUUUGCUCCAACUCCAUGACUCCUGAAACUGUGUCGCUGGCAUGCAAGGAGCUGGGCUGCGGGGACAGAGGGUCCCUGGAAACACAACGGCCCCACGGCAGGCUGUCUGGCACGGCCUGGCUGGAUCGUGUGGAGUGUGGGGAGAGAAACAGCUCCUUCUGGCAGUGUCCCUCCGCUCCCUGGCACCCGCAGUCAUGCGACGACCUGCGAGAUGAGACCCACAUCACCUGCAAGGGUAAUUCUGAGCUAGAGGCAUCAUGUGGCCUCACCAAGGAGAAGUUAUGCUUGACCAACUUGAUAAACGUCUACAAUGCAAUGGCUGUUCUCAUAGAUGAGGUGAGAGCAGUGGCUGUUGUCUACCUGGUCUUCAGGAAGACUUUCAACACUGUCUCCCAUAAGAUCUUCCUAGAGAAGCUGUUUAUGUAUGAGUUGGAUGAGCAGUGA